AUUUGCCUGAAGCAAAUACAUUUCAUGGUCCCAAAUUCUUUCAUUUUCACCCAAAACUUUCCCGGAAACCAACCGGACAUUUACAUGCACAAUCUCCCAAGACUCAAGUCUCUCUCCCUCUUACAACUUAAUCACCCACCAAAAUCUCUCUCCCUUCUCAAACAAAUCCACGCCCAACUCCUCACCAACGGCCUCAAAUCCUCUUCCAUUCUCGCCCAAUUGAUCCAACGUUACUGUGCCGUCUCAACCCCACUCUCCACCCACCAUGCCCAUCAAAUUCUCACCCACUUUCACUAUCCAAAUCUCUAUCUCUUCAAUGUUCUGAUCAGAUCUACCAAUCCAAGAGACUCAAUUCUCGUUUUUUCCAAUUGGGUCUCAAAUUCUAUACUCUCAUUCGACGAUUUCACUUACAUUUUCGUUCUCGGAGCCUGUGCUCGAUCUUCUUCCACAGUUUCAGCAUUAUGGGUUGGAAAACAAGUCCAUGCUCGUGUGAUCAAACAUGGGUUUCUGUCAAAUCUGAUGAUCCAAACCACAGCUAUACAUUUCUAUGCGAGUAAUAAGGAUGUUUUCUCGGCACGCCAAGUGUUUGAUGAAAUGUCUGUGAGAAAUAGUAUUACUUGGAAUGCGAUGAUAAAGGGCUAUUGUUCACAGAAAUUGAGAGUUUGUGAACAUGCCCGCAAUGGAUUGUUGUUGUUUAAGGACAUGUUAGUUGAUAUCAGUGGAUUGAAACCAACUGAUACGACCAUGAUUUGUGUUCUCUCCGCGGCUUCUCAAUUGGGUGUUUUAGCAACCGGUGCUUGUGCUCAUGGGUAUGUCGAAAAGACAAUGUGUGCCCCUGAUGGCGAUGUGUUUAUCGGGACUGGCCUUGUUGACAUGUACUCCAAGUGUGGUUGUCUUGAAAGUGCUUUGUAUGUAUUUCAAAGAAUGGAAGAAAAGAAUGUGUUGACUUGGACAGCCAUGGCGACAGGGCUAGCCAUUCAUGGGAAAGGAAAACAAGCGUUGGACCUUCUGGAAGCCAUGGAAGUUUCUGGAGUAAAACCCAAUGCGGUCACCUUCACUAGCUUGUUUUCUGCGUGUUGCCACGCAGGGCUUGUUGAAGAAGGGCUUUGUCUGUUCCACAGCAUGGAGAACAAGUUUGGUGUUGAGCCUCUAAUACAACACUAUGGUUGUGUUGUUGACCUUCUUGGUAGAGCCGGGCACUUAGAAGAGGCAUUCAACUUUAUAAAAGAUAUGGGUUUUGAACCAGACGUGGUUUUGUGGAGGAGUUUGCUUAAUUCCUGCAAAGUUCAUGGGGAUGUUGUGAUGGGUGAGAAGGUGGGAAAGAUUCUACUCCGGUUGGUGCCAGAGAAGGGUGUUGUGGAGUUGAGUGAUGCAAGUGAAGACUACAUAGCUUUGUCAAAUGUUUAUGCGUCUGCAGAGAAGUGGGAGGAUGUGGAAAUGGUUAGAGAUGUGAUGAAGAUUAAGGGGAUUCAAACUAAAUCUGGCUUGAGUUCAGUUCAAUCUUUUUGCAGCCAUCUCUUGGAUGGAUAGUGGAUCAACUUUGGAGUAAUAGCUCUAUUUCGGAUUUAAGAUGACAUUUGGUAACAUUGUCAGAUUCUUGUUUGUAGCUCUAUUUCGCAGCUAAGUUUGCAUUUUGUAGCGUUGUCAGAUUCUUGUUUGGUGGGUUGCUGGAAGGGUUGGCGGAUUGUGGGGGUGGAAGAAAGGGUGGGAAGUGAGGUGGCCGGAGGAUGAGGGGUGAUCGGAGGUGGUGGUCAAAGGGGGCCGGAGGAUGAGAAUGAAAACUUGUUUUGAAAAUAAAGUAAAAACACUUUCUUUUUAAUUUGGAUUGA